CCCUCCCAACACAAGCGUCAGUUGUCUUCUUCGUUCCUAAACUUCAUCCUUUUCACCUAAACCCUUAAACCCUUUUGCUUACUCAAACAAAACCUCAAACCAUUGCUUAGGUGCAUCGCCCAUUUCGGAUUUCUGCUUCAACGGGAAACAAGGAAAUGUGUGGAGGUGCCAUCAUCUCAGAUUUCAUCAUCCGGAACCGCGGCCGAAGUGUGUCCGCCGCCGACCUCUGGCCGCACUCCUCAUUCUCUAAGAUUGUCGGCGAGUUCGAGUCCGAUCUGAGUCGACUCGGACGCGGUGGCUCUGUCUCCAUCAAGAGGAAUCAACCCGUCUCAGGCGAAGUUGAAGAGGCGGUGAAGAAACCGAAGAGGCAGAGGAAGAAUCUGUACAGAGGAAUAAGGCAGAGGCCGUGGGGCAAAUGGGCUGCCGAGAUCCGAGAUCCGAGAAAAGGUGUACGGGUGUGGCUCGGCACCUUUAACACCGCCGAAGAAGCUGCUCGAGCCUACGACCGUGAAGCCAUCAAAAUUCGCGGCAAGAAAGCCAAAGUCAAUUUCCCCAACGAAGACACCCAUUUGUCCGCCCCCACCGUCAACCACCUCCGAAAUGACACGAUUUCUCACCUCAGCUACCUCAAUUCUCCGGUCGCCGAUUCAAGUAGCACCAGUUUCGGGUUCGGUGACGGUCUCAAUCCGAUCCCCGACGGCUGCAACACGAAUCAGGAUCAUAGCGCCAUGCACUCUGAUUCUGUAGUGGAGGAGAACUCCGAGGCGAAUUCAGCUUCGUAUUCUCCGCCGGCGGUCAAUGGCUGCGUGACGGAAGCGAAAGAAGGGGAGGAUGAGGAAAACGAGGUGCUGAGGUUGUCGGAGGAGCUAAUGGCGUACGAGGAUUACAUGAGAUUCUAUCAGAUUCCGUAUCUCGACGGCCAGUCCUCGACGGCGAUCGACGCCGGCGCACAAGUAAGCGUCGUCGGAAAUCUCUGGAACUUUGAGGACGCCGUGGCCGCGUCCCCCAUCGCUUAACGGUUUCAUUUCCCAGCAACAAUUUGAGCCUUGUUUGAAUUUUGUCGAUCGGUCAUGUUAUUCUUGUCAUAAACUCCCGAUUUCAUGUUUUGUUAAACUUAUGAUUAUCGAUUGUAAUUUCCUUUUUUUUGAUAAUGGUAAUCUGUAUUUUUCGUGUUUUUAUUCCAA